AGGCCAGCCCCAGACCCAGCACCUCUCUCGCCGGAUAACUACCAGGUUGGAUAAAACUGCAACCGAUACUCUAUUCAGUCUGUCGACUUGCUCGACCGUUUCGUUCCGAUGGAUCGUUGGGGCAAUAGUCCGACAACCAGACUGCUUCAAGGCAACGAAUCAGCCUUUAAGAUAUCUAUUCCCGUGUGUUCUCUUCCUCUCACAUUCCAACAUGCUGUUAUCAAAACUGGUCGUCUGGGCUUUCGAUAUCCUUGGGCAGAUUCUCUGUGCAUCACCCAGAAUUCCACAACAGACUGGCAACAUGAAUCUGCAAUUAUUGGAGAGAGAUAUCGAGGAAAAAUCUACACCAUAGUAGCAUUUUCCGCAAGAGAUAGCCAAGAAGGUUUUUUCUCAUCUCGCAAUCUAUUAAUAUUUCACUCUUGCCGUUUGAACGAUGAGAUUGGUUUGCCUGGCUGCCGAAGCCUUCCUCACUACUACCUAUCAUCCCGGGAAUGGGAAGUGCAGAACGAGCUCUAUCUCUGCGAACCAUAUUUUACCGAACGGGGGCCAUUUCUUGGGAAUGUAUAGAGACCGAAGUCGAGGAACAGAGUGUUAAGGAAUGUACA